CCGCCCUCCGCCGGGACUGAAGCCGCUCGCAGUGAGUAGCAGGACGGUGUCCUCUCCGUCCUCUCCGUCCCUCCGGCCUCUGUCUCCUCCGUGACUCUCUGUUCUGAUGCGAUUCUUCAGACUCACAUUCAAGUGUUUCGUGGAUUGUUUUUGAAGGUCGUCGCCUGAGUGUCGGUGUAACAGCCGUUAUCUUUAUUUUCAACGUUUUAUUGUCAUUUCACCUGCGAGACGGGAGAGAAACCUUCGUCUUUACUGUGAGAACCUUUGAUUUUUGUGUUUUUCUACUUUGAAUCUGAAGAAUCGAUCAAUAAAGCAUCAGACUCGGGCUCCACUUGAUAUUAUUCAUAUCACCAGUGCAGCAGAGACUCUGACCAAACUGAAUUUACAUUCAAACAGAAGAACUGUGUGAAAGUGAAGCAGGUUCUUCUCUGGUUUGAAACUGGGACUGAAGGAAGAAUCGAAGUGAUCCUUCACUGAAGAGACCAGCAAACAUCCACCAGGAUUAACAGCUGAGAGGAGCCGAGGUGUUUCUGUGGACUGCUCCUUUACUGACAGGACAGAACUUCACAGGAGAUCAAGGGGAUCAAGUAUACACCUGGUUCCUCUCGGUUCCCUCCUGGUUUGUGGACUAGUCUGUGUCCUGGUCCCUGAGUAAGUCCUGCCUGGUUCCUGCCUGGUUCCUGCCUGGUUCCUGCCUGGUUCCUAACUGGUUCCUGCUCUGAGGGAUGGAGAAGCAGACCCUUCCAGCCUCCUCCUGCUCACUGGUUCUCCUGGAGGAGACCAAAAAGAGCCCCCUUCUUAUGUCCAAUGGUGGCGGUCACCCCCCUGCGGCAGCUGCUAACGUCAGCCUCGUGGAAGGUCCUGGAGAAGGUGGCGGUGGAGCUUGUGUUGGUCUGGACAAGAAAGGAGGCGUGGUCACGAGGCCUCAGCCGGGAUACCCUGAGCGUGAAACAUGGACACGGCAGAUGGACUUCAUCAUGUCCUGCGUUGGAUUCGCUGUGGGACUCGGCAACGUGUGGAGGUUCCCGUACCUGUGCUACAAGAACGGAGGAGGCGUCUUCCUGAUCCCCUACAUGCUCAUCGUGUUUGUCGGUGGAAUCCCCAUCUUCUUCCUGGAGAUCGCUCUGGGACAGUUCAUGAAGGCCGGCAGCAUCAACGUGUGGAACAUCGCUCCGCUCUUUAAAGGUCUCGGGUACGCCUCCAUGGUGAUCGUGUUUUUCUGUAACACCUACUACAUCAUGGUGUUGACCUGGGGCUUCUACUACCUGAUCAAGUCUUUUAACUCCGUCCUCCCGUGGUCCACCUGUGACAACGUAUGGAACACGCCCAGCUGCAUCGAGGCCUUUCAUCAUCAGCAAUGCAGAAACAGCAGCCUGGCCAACAUCACCAUCGCCAACAACAUGACCUGUGACGACCUGGCCAACUCGAGGUCGCCCGUCAUCGAGUUCUGGGAGAACAAGGUGCUGAACAUCUCGCCGGGUCUGGAUGUUCCUGGGAGCUUCCACUGGGAGCUCAUGCUGUGUCUGAUGUUCGUCUGGGUUCUUGUUUACUUCUGCGUCUGGAAAGGAGUCAAAUCCACCGGGAAGAUUGUGUACGUCACAGCGACCUUCCCCUACGUGGUCCUCGUCAUCCUGCUGGUCAGAGGUGUCACUCUACCCGGAGCCUACGACGGCAUCAUGUACUACAUCAAACCUGAUUGGUCCAAACUGCGGGAGGCUCAGGUGUGGAUAGACGCCGGGACUCAGAUCUUCUUCUCCUACGCCAUCGGACUGGGAGCUCUGACAGCGCUGGGCAGCUACAACCGCUUCAACAACGACUGCUACAAAGACGCCUUCGUCUUGGCUCUGAUCAACAGUGGAACCAGUUUCUUCGCUGGUUUCGUCGUGUUUUCUAUUCUGGGCUUCAUGGCCAAUGAGCAGGGAGUCGAUAUCUCACAGGUCGCUGAGUCAGGUCCGGGCCUGGCGUUCAUUGCGUAUCCGAAGGCCGUCAGUCUGAUGCCGGUGGCUCCGCUCUGGGCGGCGCUCUUCUUCUUCAUGCUGCUGCUGCUGGGGCUGGACAGUCAGUUCGUCGGGGUCGAGGGUUUCGUCACUGGGAUCCUGGAUCUGUUCCCCGGACACCACAACCAUAAAUACAAGAGGGAGAUCUCUGUGGCGAUCUGCUGUUUACUGUGCUUCAUCAUUGAUCUCUCCAUGGUGACGCAGGGAGGGAUGUACGUCUUCCAGUUGUUUGACUACUACUCGGCCAGUGGAAUGACUCUGUUGUGGCAAGCAUUCUGGGAAUGCAUAAUAGUUGCCUGGGUCUACGGUGCUGACCGCUUCAUGGACGAUGUGGCUCGUAUGAUUGGCUACCGUCCUUUCCCCUGGAUGAAGUGGUGCUGGUCCUUCAUCACUCCAUGUGUCUGCCUGGCCAUCUUCGUGUUCCACCUGUUCAACUACAAACCUCUGACCUACAACAACGUGUACGUGUACCCGUGGUGGGGCGAGGUGAUUGGCUGGUGUAUGGCCUUGUCCUCCAUGCUCUGCAUCCCCGUCAGUGUCCUGUACAAACUGUUCAGAGCAAAGGGAACAUUCAAAGAGCGCUGGGCCCACCUGACCACUCCGGUGUGGGGGGGCCAUCACCUGGAGUACAUGGCCCCCGACGUCAGAGACCUGACGCUGAUCUCCCCCGGCACCGACGACAACAAGGUCAUCAUCUUUGAGAGCGUCAUGUAGUCUGGGCUCCACCAAUCACAGAGCUCCAUCUCCAUCCAUCCCACCGAGCACCUGGACCUCAGAGAUCAUCAGCUGAUCAGAGCUUCAUCUGCUUCUCGAUAGGAAAACAUCUGUCCCUCAACCAGAAGGUCUUCUCACUGAGGGCGUCAGGUCCAGCUUCUUCUCUCCUGGAUUAAUGGAUUCAAUGGAAACUUGUGUUGAUGGGGUUGUGCAAACACACACCUACCUACCUGUUAGAGGGCCAUUACACACACACACACACACACACACACACACACACACACACACACACAGACCUGUUAGACAGCCAUUAUACACAGACACACACUCUCUCACACACCUUUGACCUCUGUGUGUGUCGAGGCCAUUUGUUGAGACAGAAUUUUAGACAAACAGACUGAGCCCCAGAAAAGAACCGAGGUCGUUUGCGUCGUAACAGGAAUUAAAACGUUCGGUCCUUCAGUCACGUGAUGAAACCAUGAGACGUGGUCACUUCCUGUUAAGACUCAUUUAUUCUGACUUUAUGUCCGAUGAGAGAAACCCCCCACAGACUUCAAUGCAUCCUUUACGCUGCCAUGGUUUGUGAGCAGUACAUCCACUAGAGGGCAGCGUUUCUGAAAACAACAAAAAGCCGUCGCAAUGUAAACGUCGACUCCAAUUCACCACUCAAAUUUCUUCCUGCUGGUCAUCUUGCUUCAACCAUCGGUUACACUGCCCCCAACGACUCCCUGUGGUACUGCUUCAGUUUGAUUCGUAAUGAACGCACAGUACAGACAGGAAGCCCCCCCCGUUCUCACUGUACUUAUCCAAAGUUGAGACUAAAUGAGCCUUAACAGGUCAAAUAAAAACUAAAGGUUUCCACCCUCAUUAACAUUCCUGUUACGGGGUAACCAUCGGUCCCUGAACUCACCACGCUGCCAGGAAGCUGAGCUCAAUGAGCCCGGAACGCAUCAUCAGACUGAUCCUGGUUCUGCUUUAGUCCUGAGUUUUACUUUGACCUUUAACCUUUGACGUCUUUGAGUCUGUCAGCACUUUAUUUGACACUUUGAUUGUUCUGAAUUCUGAGGUUCAGGGUUUCUGUUCUGUUCUCAAGUUCAAUACUGUGAAUCACCAGCUCCGACUACCGAUCCCAGAUCAGUCCUGACUGCUGGGCAGCGUGUGACUCUUUGACCGUUGACCUCUGACCUGUCGCUCAGAGGCAGAUCCUGAAUCAGAGGGAAGGUUCCAGUGAGGAUUCAGUCGUUGUGUUUGCUGAUGAGAAAGUUAAAUUCAUCUCAAUUCGAGCUCAACAUUGUUUUUAGAUCCGGAAACUUUCAACCAACAGAGACGACAAAUCUAAUAAAUGCAAUAAUCAAUAAUCACUUCAUUGAGAGAAAAGGCCGAACAUUAGUUCAACUUCUUCAUCAUUCUGAUUAUUUUCUCACAUUUUACAGAUCGAUGAUAUUUGAUCAACAGACGUUGUGUAAACUACAAAACAUCACAGACUGAAUCUCACUGGAUCUGACCUUUGACCCCCCCCCCACCCCUAUUUUUCGGUCGACUGAAGUGCCAAACGAAACGAUUCGCGCUCGACGCUGCCAAGAAUCAUCUCUGCCUCGUCUCCUCAGUCUCGUGAACGCUGAGCUCCGCCCUCGUCACAAACGGAAGCCGUCAGUAAAACGUUGAUCGGAAAGUGUUCACGCAAACCACGCAUCGCACUCAGGGGAGAUUCAGUUUCUCUCUCACGCUGACACGUCGCUGGAAGAGAGAAACGUCAUCACGCAAACUGGUCGAUUUACCUGAGCGGAUUUUUAAACAUCAUUUUUCACUCAUUACGAACAAGUGAAAAGAAAAAUUUGCUACAAUGUUGAAAAUCGGUUUUAGCGUCUGUGGUUAGCCUCACUGGAGAGCGACUCUCGCGUUCCCCCUCCGUCCAAUCAGCUGCUGGCGAGAGGAGAGGCGGGGCCUCAACGUGAUGCCGAGCGUUGCCUUACGUCGUUGUCUUAAAUCUCGAGCCGAACGCUUGACGAGCCAAACCCGGAGCCCUGCAGGACAUCCUGUGUACUGCUCCGGCUCACAUCCGACCAAUCAGCAGUCUGCACGGGCGUGUCUACAACUCUGUCUCCUAGCAACCAGUCACCUUCCACGUGUCACAGGGAACGAUCGGAAUCUAAGACGAAGCAAAACUACAUGCAACUGCACAUUGUUAUAAAAUAAUGUUGCCAGCACUUUUAAAUAGAUUUGUGUUAGAGAUUAUGUUUUGUUUUACAUAUUGUAAAAAAUAAAUCAGAGAUUUAUUUUGUGGAGGCUUUUAUUUUGCUGAUACAUAAACUCUGACAAAUAUAUAUAUUGAAUAUCUUUGUGUGUAUCUAUAUUUGCUGCAGUAUGUAAAUGUGAUGACUGUGAAGAGGAUUUCUGAUUGUUCACGUUGAGCCAGCGAACACGAGCAGCGAGCUUCAGGCUCCUCACUCCUCACGAUCAGGAGGGAACCUGUUUGAGCUUUUUAGGAAAAUGUUUUGUCAGCAGGGGGCGACGGUGGAAAGUGUUUCUGGAAACGUCUCCCGCCUCGUCCUGUUUCGUGUCGCAGCUUUAAAGGUUCUCAAACAUCGAGGAAAAUUAAAUAAACUGAAAACCUGCAGGAAGCAAAAAAAAAAAAACUUCAGACGAAAUGAAACGUGGAAGUUGAACGUGUCACAUGUUUGUGCGUCUGUGGUGAUGACAACCACGCAUGUUGUCACAGAGAGGCCUUGAAGUUGUGUCUCGCUGGCUGAGGUGAACAAGCAGCGAGGGGCGGGGCUUAUAUUUGGCGAGUUUGCUGCGAUGCAGUGAUGUUAAAGCUUCGAGGCUUCGUGCUGAACACACGACGAAAGGGAAUUUACUUUUCAUUUACUUUUCUGAUUUCUAAUUCUCAAAGUGCUUAAGUGUUUGAUGAGUUUGAGCUUUAGAGGAUUUUAGUUAUUUUUUUUCUGUGUUUUAUUUUGUUGAAUAUCAGUGUUC